AUGGCGCCUCCCAACGGAUCCGUCAAGUCUCGCAGGCCUGCUGUUGUCUCCAGCAAGCAAAUGUCCAAGCCCGUCAUUCCUGCGAUUCCUCUGCCGUACGUGAAACGCCAGGCUGCCGCCGCCGCAGCAGCAGCAGCUCCCGUGAUCAACAAUGUCAAGCCAGACGACAGUCCUCGAAACAGCUCUCUGGAAGUGCGGCCCCACGAAGUGAACCAGUCUUCGCCUACUCUGAUUGCAGAUACGCCCCAUGCCAGCGAAUCCCUUUCGGCUGGCAGCCCAGAAUUGAAAUCUGCUAUUAAGAACGCCGGUGCUUCUGAUACAGCCAAAGAAGUCGUGAUUGCUAGCAGCAAGCCCGUUGCACCUGUCGACCGAGCUACUGGCAACGAUACGACCUCGACAAACUACGCUGUGCAGCCGGCAAAUGCAGAAGCUUCUGCACCGAUCGCUCACGAAGCUUCUUCUGAGAUGCAGACCAAGUUCCACGGUCCUGGGAUGGGCGCUGUCCAAGAUGAGCCAAGGCAGAGACUAGCCCAAUACCCUCCGGUCAAGCUUGUCUCCUCUCAACCUCCCCCGCCUGUAUCUCCAACUCGAUACCAGAUGCCGCCGCCCUUCCAACCAGCUCAUCGCCCGAUGGGCAUUGUGGCGAAUGGAGACCUAUCCCAUGGGCCCAGGCCUCCUUUGCCAAACGGCCCACCUCACAUGCAUCAAGCCCACGCAAGCAACGGCAGCAUUCACUUUGGAGCCUUUCACGAUUCUCAAAGCUCCUCGCCUGCGCCUCCACACUCCGGAGGUAUUGCGCCACCGCCUGGUAUGCCAAUGCCGGAUGGACGACCACACCCCAUGAUGCCUCACAAUGGGAAUGGAUUCCCACCCAUGGUGCCAUACGGCGCAGACAUGAUGGCUGUUGCUAACUUUGACGGCUAUGGCCGCCCGAUGGCUUAUGCACCGAUAGACUCGUAUCAUCCGUAUGGUAAUACACUAGGACCAUCGACGCCGCAUAGUUUUCAUGAUUCCCAGUCUUCGGCUCACCAAGAAGAGACGGCCAUGUAUAACCAAUAUCGUCCUGGAGCUAUGCAUAACGGUGUUGGGCCUUCCGACGAGGCUCAAGGUCAAAAUCCCCAGGGGAGAAUGUAUGGGCUGCCAGAUUACCCUCGGAUGAUGCCCAACCCAGGCCUGCCUCCCCCUAUGGCCCAGGGCGACAACGCUGAUGGAUUCAUUGGAUACCUGCAGCAACAAUUUGCUUCCCCUGAGUUGUCUGAUUGUACUCUGGAACUUCGGUACACCGACGAUAGGGCAGCACCUGUUCGGAUCCCUGGCCAUCGAUUGAUCUUUGCUCGCAGCGCCCAGCUUUUCAACCUCUUGCAGAAGCAGACUUUCCAGGCGUCUCCCAACGAUAGAUCUCCGCAAACUCUUCUUCUAGAGACGGGCAGCAAGUGGAUCCGUUCGGAUUCAUUCUACAUGGCAGUUCAGCGCCUAUACGGACUGCCAUUGCUUCAUGCCCCUCCUCGCCGCGUUGGCAUGGACUCCGGCGACGUGACGGCCGCCGGAUCGGUAAAUGAACAAAUUGACUUUGCAAUCUCGUAUGCCGCUGCUGGCCACCUCCUUGACUGGACUCCGGUUGUCCGACGCGGCUGUGAAGUGGCCACCCACCUCUUGACCUGGGAGACAUUGGAGCGAGUAUUGGAAUUUGCGUUGGAUGGAUAUCGGGAUAAGGGCUCUCACGAAAUUUACCAGUAUGGUAACGGAUCGCAAGUCCUUCUUAAUGCCGUUGUCACCUUUCUGGUUCACAAUUUCCCCUCGCACUUUAACUUCGACACCGAGGCCAUGGAAUUUGUGCCAUAUGGCAGACUGCCAAUCAACCCACCACCUUUAGCCAAAGAUGCUCUUGACGACGGCAUACCCCCGGCAUCAGCUGAGGGAUCCAUUGUGCAGCUGGGCAAGGGACGCCGUCCUCAAAAGCUCAACGGCAUCCAGUUUGGCGACUUAUCCUUCUCGGAAGCUAAGAGCUUGGCCGAUACAAACACGCCCAAAGCCACCCGCGCUGCACAGCCGGCAUCAUUUUCGAUUCUGUCCCGUAUCCUCGUCGAGAUACCGUUCACUCAGCUCAAAAUGAUACUAGAAUCUUCUGGAUCAGGCAACGUCAAUGGUUGGGCAAAUACCGAAUCCCGCUAUCGCAUUAUCAAGAUUGCCGUAGAGGAACGCGAAUCGCGCCGCCGUAGGGUCUUGGAGGCCGUACUGUCCGGCCGAGUUCCCGAUGCAGAAGCGAUCCGGGCAGGCCUCUGCAGCCCAGAACCGAGAGAUUUGGGCUGGUGGACAGCCCUGGGAUGGCAGGAAGAGAUGUUGCCGUAUGGUAACCCAGAUGGCCCCACCUUGGCACGCAAAUGGGUUCCAUUGAUGGAAGCACAGAAUGGCUCCGUGUCCAACGUCGCCGAGUACCCAUGA